AUGCACUUUCCCUGGGUUCUAUCCAACGUAACUAGAGUGACUGAGGACGGCGAUGUCUCAAGCGAGCCUCUUGCCUGUGGUGAGCGGUAUAUCAUCAGGACAGUGCAGGGGUACAAGGUCGGAUUUAUUGGCUUGGCUGGGACAGAUUGGCCGUCAAACUGCCAGGACUUACCCCCGUUGUACAUCAAGGAUCCCGCCAUGGUCGCUCAAGAGCUUGCGAAAUACCUGCGUCUUAAUGAGGGUUGUGACUUUGUGAUCGCUAUCUCUCACUCGCGACUCGCGGAGGAUAUCAGAAUAGCAAAUAAUGCUGCACACGGGAUUGCCAAAGUUGAUCUGAUUCUCGGGGGUCACGAUCAUGAGGUCCUGCAUCGCUUCCAUGGGGACACGGAAGAGAGCUCUGAGAUAAUCCAACAGGGCACGAGAAACGAGGACAUUGUGUCCAAUGGCGUAGUCGACCAAGUAGCCGGAGACAUUCGCAUCGUCAAAAGCGGGACAAACUGGCGAGGCUUAUCCAUUGUCCGCUUAAUCGCAAGGAGACUUCCAGAUGGAAGAGCCGCAAUAGAGACCGUCAAACUCAAGCAGUACGUCGACAUCGCACAGAGCUCAGAAUGCAGCUCACUCUCAGUCUGCCCCCGUAUACGCAAAAUGGCAGCUGAGAUCCAGCAGCGCGUCGGCAGUGAGGUUCAGAAGCCACUCGUUCACACGAUGUCACCGCUUGACGGCCGCUGCAGUGUGAUUCGCAGCUCAGAGACGAAUCUAGGCAACAUGCUCGCAGACGCCUAUCGUGCCUACUACGGCGCUGACAUUGCGCUCGUCAACAGCGGCUCAAUCAGAUGUGAUCGGAGCAUCGAGCCAUUAUCAUCACCGCUCCGUGUCAAGGAUAUCAUCGAAAUCUGCCCCUUCGAGAACCCGGUGGUUGUCAAACGAGUCAGCGGACACGCCCUCCACGAGGCCCUUGAAAACUCCGUCUCGGACCUCCACGUUGACGGACGAUUCAUGCAAUGCUCUGGGCUACACGUCGUCGCGGACUGGCAGCAACAAGAGGGCCACAGGAUCCUACAACUGUCUCUCGUGCAAUCAUCCUUCGCACCACCGAAGCAGAUCAUCCCGUCGCAGAUAUACACCGUUGUCAUGUCGUCAUUUAUCGCGGCGGGUUUUGACGGAUAUACCUGCUUUCAGAGCCUAGAGACACUUGUCGACAAGGAGACGGCUGUGACGGAUACUGGACUACUCUUGCAGAUCUUUGGGUACGAUAAGGAAGGCUUAAACGAUGGCAAUACCACUGGCAUAGAUAGAGCUCGGAGGGCUAUCGUUUGUGGGAGGCAUGGGCUGGACAGUUUGCCCAUUGUGAGCCCAACUGUUGAGGCGAGGAUUCGGUUCGUGACUUAG